CUUGAAACCGUGCAGAAGUGUCGACCUAGGUGCUUGCAAAUUUGAAAUCCAUGUGGCGUGGGCUAAGCGCCCUGGUGACCCGGCCGGCAAGUGCGCCCCUCAGGCUGUGCGCACGCUGCAGCACCGGUGCAGAGUCCUUGGUCCCCGGGAGCACCAUCUUUGCGCUCAGCUCCGGCCAGGGACGCUGCGCCAUCGCAGUGAUCCGCACCAGCGGCCCAGCCAGUGGGCUCGCGCUCCGCAGCCUCACGGCUCUCCGGGAGCCGCCUCCGGCCCGCAGCGCCUGCUUGCGCCUUCUCCGCCACCCUUGCUCCGGGGAGCCACUGGACCGCUCACUCGUCCUCUGGUUUCCAGGCCCCCAGAGUUUCACGGGUGAGGAUUGCAUGGAGUUGCACGUACACGGAGGUCCUGCGGUGGUCAGCGGUGUCCUGCAGGCAUUGGGUAGUGUGCCAGGACUUCGCCCAGCCAAGGCCGGGGAGUUCACCAGGAGGGCCUUUGCCCAUGGCAAACUGAGCCUGACUGAAGUGGAGGGACUUGCGGAUCUGAUCCAUGCAGAAACAGAGGCCCAGCGUCGACAGGCCUUGAGGCAGCUGGAUGGGGAACUGAGCCAGCUGUGCCAGGGCUGGGCGAAGACCCUCACCAAGGCUCUGGCCCAUGUGGAGGCCUACAUUGACUUCGGAGAGGAUGAUAAUUUGGAAGAGGGUGUGUUGGAGCAGGUGGACAGAGAUGUGCGGGCCCUGGAGGUGGCACUGAGUUCCCACCUGCGAGAUGCCAGACGUGGACAGAGGCUCCGCUCAGGGGCAAACGUUGUGGUCGCCGGACCGCCCAAUGCGGGCAAGAGCAGUCUAGUGAAUCUGCUCAGCCAGAAGCCAGUGUCCAUUGUGUCCCCAGAGCCCGGGACCACCCGUGACAUCUUGGAGACUCCUGUGGACCUGGCUGGGUUUCCUGUCUUGUUGAGCGACACCGCGGGGCUUCGGGAAGGUGCAGGUGCUGUUGAGCAGGAGGGAGUGCGCAGGGCCCGCCAGAGGCUGGAGCAAGCUGACAUCAUCCUGGGGAUGCUGGAUGCCUCCGACCUGGCUUCCUCCUCUAGCUGCAGCUUCCUGGACACUGUGGUGGCCCCACUGGUAGCACAAAGCCAUGACAGUGGCAGGCAGCGCCUCCUGCUGCUGCUCAACAAAUCUGAUCUGCUGUCUGCUAAUGCCCCAGCCAGCAGCACAGCCCUGCCUCCUCACCUGCUUCUGUCCUGCCACACUGGAGCUGGGAUGGACGCCCUCCUGCAGGCCCUGAAGACUGAACUGGCUGCAGUGUGUGGGGACCCAUCCACAGGACCGCCGCUCUUGACCCGAGCUAGGCACCAGUACCACCUCCAGGGCUGCCUGGAUGCCCUGGGCCGCUUCCAGCUGACCACAGAUCUGGCUCUGGCCGCCGAGGCCCUGCGCCAGGCUCGGAGACAGCUAAGCCACCUCACAGGUGGAGGGGGAACCGAGGAGAUCCUGGACCUCAUCUUCCAGGACUUCUGUGUGGGCAAGUGAGGUCAGAGUUCCCACAAGCUCAUGAUCCAAGAUGGCAGACCCCCCGACAGAGAGCAGGAGAGCACUGGAGGUCUGCAGCCCUCCGCAGUGAGGAGAAAGACGGGUCAGGGAUCUGAGGACGGAUAAUUCCUCACCCCGGAUGGUGGGAUUAAGGUCCACAUCAUGUCGCCAAGUGUCUCAAGUGUCUCCAUGAUAUAGUGGUAGAGGUGAAACCCAUGAGUGUUAGGUGCUGAGCCACACCCUCUGUACGACACUGGGAGAUUCUGGGCAGAGGCUCCACCCCUGAGCCACACCCUCUGCCCAUCACUGGGAGAUUCUGGGCAGAGGCUCCAACCCCUGAGCCACACCCUCUGCCCAUCACUGGGAGAGUCUAGGCAGAGGCUCCACACCCUGAGCCACACCCUCUGCCCAUCACUGGGAGAGUCUAGGCAGAGGCUCCACACCCUGAGUCACACCCUCUGCCCAUCACUGGGAGAUUCUGGGCAGAGGCUCCAACCCCUGAGCCACACCCUCUGCCCAUCACUGGGAGAUUCUGGGCAAAGGCUCCACCCCUGAGUCACACCCUCUGCCCAUCACUGGGAGAUUCUGGGCAAAGGCUCCACCCCUGAGUUGCACCCUCUGCCCAUCACUGGGAGAUUCUGGGCAGAGGCUCCACCCCUGAGCCACACCCCGUAGCUUCGUUGUUUUUUUUGUUUUAAUUACCAAAGGAGAACGAAGAGUUCUGGUAAUCCAGAAACAUAUGUUCACAAGGAUCAGUCAGCCUUACCUUCCAUAACUUUGCCGACGUAUUUCUAUUUAUGGCAUCGUUUGCUGAUUAAAUACAUUUAUUUUUCCUUC